AUGUUAGAGAUCAGCACCCCGGCAUUCGAAGUUGCCUCCCAAGAAGAACAUGAACAUGACUCCAUAACAGAACUCUUGGCCAUAGACAAGAUCGAUAAAGCAAUUGAGGACAUUGAACAAAUAUCAUCUUUAGCAGACAAAUCAUACCGUGAAGGUAUACUUCCGAUUGAGGAAAUAGAAAAAAUGUAUAACGACAUCAAUGUAAAAUUUGACGACAUUAUAGAAAUGAUGACUAACCCUAAUAAUGUUUACGAAUUUCUGAAUGCUAAAGGUUUAGACAGAGUUGUUAUAACCAAUCUAGAAACUCCGUAUACAGCGUUGCGAACGAAUAUUUUAAUUUUGCUAAAAACCCUAUUCGAUAUGGCGCCUAUAACUAUCAAUGCAGUGAUGCCUGCUAGGAUGAUAGAUAAAGUGCUUGACAUCUUUGAAAACGAUGAUGAUAUAGGUAUAAAAGCGCAUGCCAUUGAUGUCUUGCAUGCUUGGCUACCAGGAAAUCCAAGAGUGCAAGCGAGAGUAAUGAAAGUCAAAGGCCUAGUACCGUUUUACGAACAGAUGACGAAACUAGAUUUGAAGAGCCUCCAUACAUUGCUUGAUUUAUUCAAUAAGGUUUUAGAAGAACAUAUCUUAGUCCGGCAAAAGAAGACACAGAUGACCAAACGAGAUUCCGAUGAACUGAAAAUGUAUCAGAGGAUUGGACUAAUAGAACAUAUGUCUAGGAAAGACGUUUGCAAUGGACUUCUGGAUAUUUUUAGAAAUACUUGGGCGUCGACUUCAGCUGAAAACGAUAUCGUUGUACCGAUUCUAGAUUUGUCCGCGAAGAUAGGUCCGUUUUGUCUGAAGAGCUUCAAAGGCAAACCUAAGGCUCUGGAUUUGUUUGAUGCCUUUUUGAAAUAUCUUAAGGAAGACAAUAGAGGUGAAUAUUUUGAGAAAUACGACAUGAACGCGUCUAAUGUAGAAACUGCCAUAGCAGAUUAUGUAAACAGUCUUAAACAGGGGAACGAAAAGGAUGAGUUUUAG